GUUUAACCGUCUUUUGCAUAACGUGCGCCGCCUCUGGCUGUCACGUUCCUCAAACGCUGCGCCAGCAUUUAUGGCGAGGAAGGUAAAGAGAUACGGAAGAGCAAACGUAUCUCCACAGAGAUCUGGUCAGACUCGAUUGAUUCAAAAAUCUCUGAAGAUUCAGAUCGGCCAGGACUCAGGUCGGACAAACGUAUCUCCUCAGAGAUUUGGUCAGAUCGUCACGCGUUUUAUUAUAGAUCAGGAUAGCUGCUCGUCAUCACGACCACGUUUACCAGGUCGUCACGAACAUGCCAAUUCGUUCACAAUUAUAGAUCGUUUGCUAAAAUUCCCCAAAAACUCAGCUCAUCGCAGAUUGACGUGCCCCAAAGUUCAGGUCGCUGCACGGGUUGCAGCUCACGACCGGUCACAGUCCUUUUCGCAGAUCAACGGGCCGUACUGCGGGCGAGAUCGCAUUGCCUCAGCUCGCUACACGCCCCGUGGCGUUGAUGCCAGCACGGACGAGCUCGCUAAAAUAGCGAAUAACACUGUUGUGGCUAUGGAUAUCAGCUCGCCUUCGCGCUUUCAGGCGCGAGCUCGCCUCUUUUCGUAUUACCCUUCAGCUCGGCCAUCGCCGAGGUCGGCCGCAAGCUGUUAAAGCUUUAUUUGGUAAGUGAAUUGGGUUUUAUUGGGUGUUGAAAAAGGUUGCGUAUUUGUGGAUAGAGAGAGGAGCUGCAGGGGUCUUUGUGAACUGUGAUGUAUUGUGGGGAGAGGAGAGGCAAUGGAGUUGUGGAAAACCAGGCUAGGGAAUGGAGGACUUUAGGCAGAAACGGAUUGGUGGGUUUCCGGGUAGAAGGACAUGGGCUUGAGUUUUUUGGAUUUGUUUGGGUCAUACUGUCAUAGAAGACUUAUGGUAUGGGCCAUGGGUUUGGUUUUUGUACUUAAACUAGGCUUUGUUUUUGGAUCAGACUUUGACUUGCUAAUGUAAAUGGGCCUGGUGUUUGGUUAAGUUUGGGUCUUCUACACUUUAGUCCUGCUUUUUCCAUG